AUGACGGCGACGGGUGCCAAGGAAGCGGAAUCGCCCUGCAACUUCGACUACAUUCGGCAGUAUGUCUCCGCGCUGAACUACCCGUUGGAAAAGAUGAGCGACAUGACGGAGGAGAUGCGGGCGGAGUGCAAGGAAAUUGUGGUGAACGCGAUUGAAAGGCACGAGGACAGCUACGAGCACGCGGCCAAGUACAUCAAGGAGCAGAUGGACAAGAAGUACGGUGCAUCCUGGCACUGCGUGAUUGGAGAGGGGUUCGGGUUUGAAAUCACCUACGAGAUGAAACACCUCAUGUACAUGUUUCACAGGGGCUACGUGGCGGUGGUCGUCUUCAAGGGACUUUAG